AUGUCCCACAACGACUCUGACUCCGAUGCCAUGUCUUCGUCUUCGUUUCCUGCUUCUGGUGCAACCUCACAACCAUACGACGACGAAGUCAAAUACCUCUUAGCCGCUCUACGCCCAAUCCCGGAACACCUUCGAGGGAGGAGAAUGUCGCGGGACCUGGAGAAGGCGGCCAAACGUGCUCAAAUUACGGCGGAAAAUCAACACGCCAUAAGCGAUGCCGAGGCGGCGGGAUGUCAUGUUCGAGACUUUGCAACGGAGUAUGCGACCAGCGUUUCUGGAGAGAAGAGCGUGAUGAAGGAAUAA